CGAACGCAUAAUCAACCUCCAAUUCUCCGCCAUAGGAUGGCAGGUCAUAUUGGCGUACCAGAUGAACCUGAGUGCUUGUGACUCCUCGACGGCAUUGGGGAGCUCUCUUUGGGGCUCUCUGCUUGCGGUGGUGGAUGCGAGUCAUCUGAUGCUCGAACAUUUCAUUUCAACUGGUCCGGUUGACUUGAGAAACUCUGUAUAUCCGUAGAUCAAUGGGUCUGUACCUGUGAUAGAAAACCUUUUUAAAGAGAAGACGAUGCAGAAGAUGCAAAUAGUACCCCAAAUAGGUGCUAUCCAUUGUCAUUUUCUACUCGAUUCGGGGGCUCGAGCAUCGCUGGUGACGAGCCUAGAAGAGAAUUCUUCUAGAAACACCCUAGAAAAGGAACCAUCCUAUCCAAGUCUUGCGAGCCAAGUGUUUGCGCAAUAACGGGUUGUGGCGCUGGAGAUAGCACCCUAAGGGAACCCGGUUGAGCAAUGGCCACUCGUACAGUAUCAUGGAAUAGAAUGACAAGUUUCCAAUUUCCAAUCUCAUAGGACCCAAAGUCCAGAAAACCGAAGUCAUGCCGGGGAAUUGGGGAUGCAACUCUGCAGUCCGGUAAACUAUUUUGGGUGCCCCUCGCAGAUUCUCCGGUCCUCGUCGGUCUCGGUCUGGUCCCCUGGUCCCUGGUUCUCUUCUCCGCCUACCUUUACUCCGUAGGCCUGUCUCUCCGUCUUCUCUCCACCCCCCCUAUUAUUUUCAUUCGCUCCGCAAUCAUUGCAUUGUGUCCAUUCAUUUCACAUCUUUCAUCAUGCCGAAUGGCAUUAGCAAGCGCCAGCAGCUGCGCAAUGAGAAAACCCUCGCCGAGCUGAUCCGGACGGUUCCCGGUAAUGACCGCUGUGCCGAUUGCGAUGCCUUGACCCCAGGAUGGGCAAGUUGGAAUAUGGGUCUCUUCCUGUGUAUUCGGUGCGCCGCAAUCCACCGCAAGCUAGGAACGCAUAUUUCCAAGGUCAAGUCUCUGUCAAUGGACACUUGGUCUUCGGAGCAAGUCGAUAACAUGAAAUCGCACGGCAACCUGCUCAUGAACAAGAUUUACAAUCCCAAAAAUAUCAAACCGCCCGUCCCCACCGAUAUCGACGAGGCCGAUUCGUGCAUGGAACGGUUCAUCCGGCAGAAAUAUCAAUACCGGUCGUUGGAAGAUGGAAAGCCAAAGCCCCCGAGUCGCGAGGACUCUAGCUAUACUAGGAAUCAUGAUAGAAGGGAGGAAAGGAGGGAACGACAGAGGAGCUAUGAUGAUUCUCGUCGUGACGAUAUCUCCCCCGAGGGCUCGCCGCCACCGUUGCCCCCAAAGUCCGGCAAGUUCUUUGGAUUCGGCCUUCGAUCAGCUUCCUCGACCUCGAACCUGCGCCGAUUUGGAACCAAGUCCAAGGGAUCAAUGUCGCCCAGUUCCGAUCAGCGAUCCUGGUCCCCACCGCCUCGCCAGACGAGCGGUCUGGGUGCGCCGGUUGCCGAUGUGACAACUGCCUCAUUCGAGGCUAAGAUGGCUGCGCUGCGAGAUAUGGGCUUCGACAAUGACCGGCGAAACGAAAUGGUUCUUCGCGGACUGAAUGAGAAUCUGGACAAGUCGAUUGAGACAUUGGUACGACUGGGAGAAGGAAAUAAGUCAGUGUCAAGAGCCAGAACCCCCGUUCCAACGAACAACGCAGCAACACCUGCCGGUGCUUCGGUAGCGCCCAAGCCGGCCGCAUCACCCAAUCCAUUCGACAUGCCUACUGCGACGACCGGCAACCAGGUAUCGCAGCAGCCUCAGUCUACGUCUUAUAAUCCGUUCGACCGGCCAGCCCAGGCACAGACGUUCCAAUCAGCGCAGCCUCUGGAAGCGUCGUUCCAAAAUCUCCAGGUGUCCCAGCCGCUCUUCCCGCACUCGACCGGUGGAUAUCCAGCUCAAACAGGCUUGAUGCCACAGGCAACUUAUCAGCAGCCAAUUACCCCGCCAGUCACCUCAACCUUCUCCCAGAACGGCUAUGUCUCGUCACCCCAGGCCAUGGAUAGCAAUUACAAUCCUUUCUUCCAACCAGUAGCUCAGCCGCAGGGCGGUAUGGGCGCCCAAUCCUUCCCCAACCCGAGUGCACCGCAGAGCAAUCCUUUCUUCAACACUACACCGCAAACGCAAAACCCUUACCUGCAACCACAGGCGCAGCAAAAUGGGGCAUCGGGGCAAUCAAUGAACGUUCCCCGACAGCCUCAGCAUGCAAACACUAUGCCAGCAAUUUCUUCAACUUCGCCCUUCGGCACCUCUCCUUUCGGCACCUCUCCCUUUGGCCAGGCGCCUUCUUUCCAAACCCAGCCGCAGCAGCAGCCGCCGCAGCAGCAGCCGCCGCAGCAGCAGCCGCCGCAGCAGCAACAGCAACCUCAGCAACAGCAACCUCAGCAAUUCCAGCCUCAGGCCCAGGCUAAUGCCCUGGGAUCUUACAAUCCCUUCCAACAGUCUAUGGGACAGCAGAGUGCAGGAGCUUACCCCAACCAAUUACAGCCUCAGCAACCGCAGCAGCUGAUGCCCCAGCAUACAACUCGCAUGGAAAAAAGCAGCAUUCUCUCAUUAUACGGCCUCAACCAGGCAUCCUCCACUAUCCCUUCCAUCCCCGAACAAUCCCAAUAUCAGUUCCAGCCUGGCGCGGGAACCAGCCCCGUCCCUCCCCUCAUAAACUCUUUCAACUCCACGCCCAUGACCCAACCUGGCUCCACUAUCCAGACCCCGCAAACCAGCGUGAACGGUCCCGCCAUGGCAUCCCGCAAUCCCUUCGGCGCUGCAACGGUCGGUUCAGGUCUGGCCGCUCAAGCAGGCGUCUCAGCGUUUCCCCCUUCUUCGGGCCUGGGCAUUGGAAUGGGCACCAACGGGACCGCAGUACCUGCCCAAGCAAAUGGCAUGAACUCCUCGCCAUUUUCCGGUCCACCACCGGUCAACACGGCUUUCCCAAGAAGUCACAUGAGCCAGCCAAGCGUGGAUAUCAACGGCCUGCAGAGCGGGCGUCACAGCCCCGAUGCAUUCGCCAGUCUGAGCGCGCGCUACGGUUAAUCAUGUGCUCUUGAGGUUGUUGUUCUUUGUAUUCAAUUGUUUUAAAAAGUCGAUAUGCAGCUGGAUGUUGAUAAUGGAUUGACUCUUCCUAAUGACAUGGAUUAUAGAUGGAUCGAUGAGAUGUGUAUAUGUGCAUUUCAGGGUGCAUCUUGAGAUUUUGCCUGGUUUGACUCGCUCGCUCGUUCAUAUUUUGGUGCCCAUUGACUACUACUCUCUUUGUGUUGUAAGGGAGGUUCAUUCUUUUCCUCUCAUGGGAUCUUCUUUUGUAUAAGAUUGUUUCUUUCGUUUUGUCCCGUUAGCGGAUAAAUAGUACAUAAUUCUUUUUCUUUAUCAAAAAUCUCUUUCCCAAUUUUCAGUUAAAAGGAGGUGAGCUUGUUCAUUGGUCACGCCCGUUGAUCUGAUGGAGCCAGAUUCGAGAUAUUCCAGUUGAGAAAAAAAGCAAGUUGCAGUCCAAGGCCUCUUCGCGUAGUCUUUGAAGUAUUAGUAUAGCUAGAUAGUACAAAGCACACUAUUAACACAUUACUCCCCCCCCCCCUCUCUACAUUCACACCAUACCAUAUAUUAAGUGGCCUUGAACAUCAGCAGCAAAUCGGCUAAAAAAGCAAGAAGAAGUCAAGAUCUUCAAGACCACAUUUCCCGAUCCUCUUCACUGUUAUAUCUCGGCAAACCACGCAACCAUUUCCAUUCCGGUAGUGAAAAAGGAACCCAGUCCCAAAUACUGGGUGAAGGAUCCCAAUAUCUCUCCCAAAGUGAACGGGACCGUCUGUCCCAGGGCCAACUACUCGCAGGCCGAGGCGUGAAAAUAGAUUUGAGCGAUUCCCGCCACGAACGGCGGGGAGAGAAAUAUGACUGCACGGAACGGCGCAACGAGGUAAACGUGGACAGUCGAGUGCGCGAGGACCAAGGGGACGUGAGGGAGGAUGAAAGAGAGGAUCGGGAUGGAACUAGAGCUUUCCAUCCCUUCUUCUGAUAAAGUCCUGCUUCUUUCUGGAAUACCUCGACUAUUCGCUCGAAUUGUCGGUCGCGGCUUUCUUGUGCGCGUUGGGUUUUUUCCAAGCGCCAUGCGUCUUGUUCGGAAGGGUCGAGACACCAGACUACUACGUCGCCGCGGCGGCGCCAGUCAUCGUGCCAUGCGGUGUUGUAGGUGCGCCAGCACUCUGCGUACGAGGAUGCGCGGAGGAGAGUGUGCAUUGUGGGCUCUAAUUGCUCGAAGAAGAUCAGGUAGUCGGGCCAUUCAUGUGUCCAUGUCGUCUUGCCCGGUUUGGGGGCGGACCGGGGGCCGAAAAUGUAGCUUGGUCGGGAGGGGAGAUAGCGUAGCCCUCCUUUCAUGUUGUCGUGGAGGAAUUGGGAUGGGUUGUCGUAGAAUUGGUCCGCUUCGUCACGAUAGACGGCCUUUUCGGCCGCUGUGCGAUCGAUUGGGGGUUCGCAGGAGAGAGCCCAUGCGUUGAUUGUGGGAUAAACUAGAUGCGAGCGCCACGGGGUGCUGUGGCAGGGCAUCAAGAAUCCAGCUGUGAUUCCUGGCGCAGUCUGUGAGUCUAAAGACUCGAUCGAUGAGCCGUGGACUUCACCGUGAGCUUCAUGUUGAUGGCGUAGAUAAGUGAGCACAUUCAUCACUCCGGACGCGUGGUAUAGAGUCGUAUAGAUGCCAAUCACGAGGUUGGCCACUACGAGGAAAAUGAGGACCAGCCUUUGCGGGGUAUAGGCACUCGAGGACCGCGAGUAUAACGCUGGAUAGAAAAAUUGCACAAGUGGUGGCGCAGCCAGGAUGUGCAAUGAUGGUAGCAACGGAUAAAUGAAGCGUACCUCUUUGUGCGAGAUCAGAGAUAACACGAAUGGCAUAAUCAAACAUACUAUCGCCAAUUGCACUCGAAUCUCUGUCUGCAAUCUAUCGGCGACAGAAGAAGCUCGAGUCCGUAGGGUGCGGUAGAGGCCGACAAGCGCAAAGGGCAGCAAGGUGGUAAGCAGGAGUGGAUAGCCCUGCGAGACGUAGUAGUGCCAGUCAUUUCGACCGUAGAAGACCGCCAGAGAUUGCGCAAUGUUGAAGUAUAGGAAGCGAAGCGGAGGAAACGUCCAAAAUCCGUAGAAUAGUCGAUCUGCGACGGCUGACACACCGAGGAUAGCCA